GCCACCUGCCAGAGGGCACCCUUGGAGCGGCGUUCCACAGCACCCACCAUGUCUCAGGCUGGCCCUCAGGAAGGCCCCAUCAAGAAGAAGCGCCCCCCUGUGAAGGAGGAGGACCUGAAGGGGGCUCGAUGGAACCUGAACAAGAACCAGGAGAUCAAGUCCAAGACCUACCAGGUCAUGCGAGAAUGCGAGCAAGCUGGCUCCACGGCCCCAUCGGUGUUCAGCCGUGACCGCACAGGCUCCGAGACCGUCUUUGAGAAGCCGAAAGCUGCACCGGCCAAAAGCGUCUUUGGCUGAGAAGCGCACGUCCCUGCCCCUCGCCACCGCCAGCACCUAGACCAGAGCUUUGCCCAAGAGCUUCCUUUUUCAGGCCAGAGGACGCCUUUUUUAAAAAAUUUUUUUAUUUAUUAUGUAAUUCCCCCCCUUUUGUUGCCAUCGUCGUUGUUAGUGCUGUCAUUGUUGUUGGGUAGGACAGAGAGAAAUGGAGAGAGGAGGGGAAGACAGGAGGACAGGAGGAGAGAAAGAUAGACACCUGCAGACCUGCUUCACCACCUGGUGAAGCGACUCCCCUGCAGGUGGGGAGCGGGGGGACUCGAACCGGGAUCCUUACGCUUUACGCCACGUGCGCUUAACCCGCUGCACCACCGCCCGGCUCCCGAUGGCUGGAUUUUAAAAAGUUACUUUAAAAAUAGCUUUUCAGGGAGAGAGACAGCCAGAAAAAUUAGUUGGCCUCAGAGAGCUGUCAGGAAUCACUGUGGAAGGACACUCACUCCUUCCAGGCAAUUAACACAUGACAGUCGUUACAGGUCUGCAUGACAAAUGGUACAUUUACACAUGGCUACGAGUGCCAGCACAUGGCAGGUGCCAGCUAGUGUGAGAGCGGUGUGCACAGAUGCAGAAGCCGCGAACUCUGGAGUCCCAGAAGCCGUGAGCUGCUCACCCUUCACGUGCCCACCACAGCCAGGUAGAAAUACCUGUGAAAACUGGCCGUACCUGUGGAACUGGCCGUACCAGCACCUGCACAUGGAACACGUCCUGGGCAACCAGUUGCCAUGGGGAGUAGACCCACAAUGCUUUUUAUGCACCUCAUGCUCACAGUUGCGUUCGUAGGGGGCAGGGCAGGCGCAUAGAAGCCCAGCACGCACGUGCUGCCACUCAGACAGCAGGUUUUGUUGAGCAAUUUACUGUCCCGGAUUCUCAGGGCACUCACUGAGCAGGGUGAAGAUGAACAGCGGGCUCGUCCCGGGACCCACUGCUACCAUCUCCACCGGCCAGGCCUGUGUGCCGUGCAAGUUCACUGCGGGCCAACCCGGCAACAAUUCCAAAGCCCAGAGGACACCUCUUAACCUGCUGCCUCUGGGACUUUGGGGAGGGCCUCGGAGGUUAAUGGGGUGUCGUUGUGGCCACUGCCACAUUCUAGAAAGAACCUUGGAUGUGAGAACUUGGCACUGACCUGUAUGACUUCAGGCUGUUCUCUUUCUCAAGCCUCAGUACCCCCCUUACAUAAACCAGAGAAUUAAGCUGGAGCCUAUUGUAUGUGUCUCACACUACCCCCCACAAAAGCCAAGAUGCUUCCCAAAGCUCUGUGGGACCCAGGGAUCUCCAAGCUCCCUCCCAUCUGUGCCCUUGACUGCCUUCUUGCCAGCUUGUGCCCCCUGAGACAAAGCCAGGAAAAGGCUCCUCUGGCCAGUGGCGUUCCACUUCCUGAACUACUUUCUCCUCCCAGAUGCAGGCUGACACUCUCUCUGGCCACUCUGGCAGCCUUGUCCUUCCAAGGGCACACCAAGCCUCAGGCAGCGUGCCACCCUUCCUCAUCAGGCCCAUACAUCACAGGACUGUCAGAUUCAGGGGACUUCAGAAGCCAGCAAGACCACAGACAGGCUGACAGUGGCUUCUGGGCUGAGCUGGCAGGGUCUGACCCAGGACUGGGGCCUGCAGGGAAAGUCCCUCCUGUCCCCUGGGCAGGUGUCAUACUGGCUGCCAGGAGCCCUUUCCACCUUCCCAGCCAGCCUGGCCUCCUUAUAUAGCUGUUUCCCAGUGUUCAGUGCUCCAAAGGAGCUGACCUCUUAUGGCAACGGGGUCUGGGCUUGGUCUCUGGGCUCCUGGGGCAGGCUGUUCCCCCAGGCUACCGGAGGGUUGUGCUCCCCUGUGUAGUCUCAGCCCUACUCAGAGCCAGAGGGCCACGGGGUGCAGAGGUACACACGAGUGAACCUUCCUGCUGUCCUCAUGCUCAUAACUGGGAACACGCACUUACGGCCACAGACACGACACCAGAGCCCACGUCCCUCCCCCAGGGCAAAAGCUACUGGCAUUGAUGGAGGCGAGGCUCUUCCCUUGAGAGAUCCCAGCCCUCUGGAAGUCAGUCACUGCCCCAGAGCCCCCCACAUGGGACCCCAAGAACACUCACCCACCCACACAUAAGCCAACCUGGCUUGAUUUCAAGAUUGGGUACCCGGCCAUGCUUCUCUGAAGCACCUUCCUCCCAUCUGUGAUCACAGACUCGGGCCCUGGGCUUUCCUGGGCCCACCGGGGUGAUGGCAUCAGCUGUAGCCAGAUGACUUCAUCUUUAGUCACUCUGUUGCGAGUUUUGAUAAAAGCUGCAUUUCAUCGUUAUUAAAGGACCUGAAACAAAUUGCCCAUGAUCCUACCCUAGGCCCUUGGGCUGCACUCCCCUGGGUCCGGGCUCCUGACAGCGGCCCUGCCUCAAGUCUCCCGAUGGCCGACCGUCCAGCCUGCCCUUUCUCACACACAGGUGGGGUUUCCUAGGCUCCACUACCAUGACCGGCCUUCACACGGGUCACCUGAGUGUGGCCACCACAACACCUGACCUCCCUUCACGAGUUCUGUGUGGCUUAGCUUUUUGCCUUCUGUCUCAGGAUUUUUCUCAAUAAAUUCCCAGAA